CCCUAUCAAUCCCAGUGCCCCCUGCGCUUGCAGGUAGCCUCAUAGCCUCUUCGUUCGCAAUAUCUUCUGGGAAAUGUAGGCUCUGGUUUGACUCAGCGUCCACAGCAGCAUGGAAGACACCACGGAAGACUCACAUGGCUGUGGAAAUGCAACGCACUCAGAGGGAGAAAGAUGUUCAGAUAACGAUUUUGGUACGUCGAAACUCGGAACAAAAGAAUAUUGGGAGGAGGCUUACCAGAGAGAACUGGAGACAUUUAAAGACAUAGGAGAUGUUGGAGAGAUAUGGUUUGGUGAGGAAAGCAUGAGACGUGUGCUGCGAUGGAUGGACAAAGCUAAAAUCCCUGAAAACGCUGCCAUUCUUGACAUUGGCACUGGAAAUGGAGCCUUUUUAGUUGAGCUGGCUAAGCACGGUUACAACAAUCUGACUGGAAUAGAUUAUUCCCCAGCAUCUGUAAAAUUGGCAAGAAGUGUCCUGCAGGCAGAAGGCUUGACUGAUAUCACUGUAAAGGAGGUGGAUUUCUUAAACAGCCAAGGGGACCUAAAAGAGUUUGAUGUCUGCAUCGACAAAGGAACAUUUGACGCCAUUAGCUUAAACCCAGAUGACACAAAGCAGGACAAAAAACUGUAUGUCCAAACUCUAAAAGAGGCUCUUAAAGACAAAGGUUUCUUUGCUAUUACUUCUUGUAACUGGACAAAAGAGCAGCUGUUGGAGAGAUUCAGUGAAGGAUUUGAGUUUGUACAGGAGUUGCCUACACCCAGUUUUCAGUUUGGUGGCAAGAAGGGCAACAGUGUGGCUGCACUCGUCUUCAUGAAAGUACAUGAACAUGUAACCGACUGAAGACAUGUCUUUUUAUUUCUUUUUUUGUUUCUUUCAGUCUUGGGUUUAUUAGUUCUGCAGCACGUUUAUACUCAUUAAGACUUUUUUAAACAUUUUCACACAAGACUGGAAUAUGUUUGGGGGUUUUUUAGAUCAUAAUGCACACAUAUUUUCUU